ACUCAGUUCGUCAGAAUAAGGCAAUAAGCCAAGGGGACGAGAUAUUUUCCUUUUCAUUUCGGCCUUAGGGUUCCACCUAUGAAAAUCGAGAAUAACAUUCACUUGAAUUAUCGAAAUCAUAGGUCGCUACAGCUGGGAUUUUCAUUGCUGGAUGGAUUCUUCUAACUUGAACCAGUUCGAUAUCUUUGAUAUUUACCAGAAGUACUGCGUAGAUAUUACAUCACGAAAUAAACAUGCCAGCUCAAGGGAGGCACUAGCUCAGCUCUUGAAAUUGGUGGAGUCUGGGGUGCAGAAAAGUGGCAGGAAUCUGAUUUUUGUUGACCUCUUCAAGCUCAUGGCCCGGCUAAACCUCAUGGUAGAUUCUUGUGAAUUCACUCGCUUCUAUGAUUUUGUGUUUUUUUUUUGUCGUCAGAAUGGCCAGAAGAACAUCACUGUAUGCAAUGCCAUAGCUGCUUGGAGGUUAGUUUUGGCUGGAAGAUUUCGAUUACUAAAUCAAUGGUGUGAAUUUGUUGAGAAAAAUCAAAGGCAUAAUAUCUCUGAAGAUACUUGGCAACAAGUUCUGGCCUUCAGCCGAUGUGUACAUGAAGAUCUUGAAGGUUAUGAUCCUAAAGGUGCUUGGCCGAUUCUUAUCGACGACUUUGUUGACCAUAUGUACAGAAUCACUCGGUCAAAGAGUUGCAGCUCUCUCAUCCUUGGUUGUAAAUGUGAACCAGAAGCUGAGCCAUGUGUAUCUGAUACUUCUCUACCUGGACUUAAUAUCUUUUCAGGGUCGAAGAGGAAAUCAAUUAUGGAGUUCGGUCAGCAGGAAGCAGAUUUAUCAAAAUACCUCUACCCAAACACUAAAAUUUUGAAACAUUCAUUGAAUUGUAAUAAAGGUAGGACUUCUUUCAUUGAUAAACCUACAAACUGGGAGGGUGAUCCACCAGAAAAUGAUGCAGAUAGCACACUGGAAUUCUCUAGCAACUCUCAAUGUGCAGUUGAAGGUAGCUUGUCAAAGGGCUUUGCAGGACUCCUCUCGACAGGUUCUUGUUUGCAGUUUGAUAAGAAGAGUAGUGUUUCCUCCACAUAGUUGCUGGCAUCAAUAUAGCAAGUU